ACCUGAGAGAGAGGCUGCUGAAACCUCUGUAAAUAUCUCCAGUUCAAACAAACCCAAACAGCUCAUACAUACUGCAGGUGGAGAAGUCGCAGAAAGUUCUUCCAGGAGGUUUAAAUCUGCAUAAAAAGUUAUGUUCUUUGGGGAAGUUGAUAGGGAACUGAAUUCUUACUGUUAUUUCAACUUGGACUACAAGUGAUUGUAGUGUUGGAUGAAGACCAAAUGAAAGCAAGUCCAGAAAUGUUAAGUUUCCUCACUAAGUUGGUCAGUUAAGUUGGUCUCACUAAUGCAGCCGUAACUGAACAGUCAUUAUAUUGUUCAGUGAGUUGUUUUAAAAACAUACAUCUCUUAAUGUGGGCUUAUGUUUUUGUUUUAGAUGGUACUUUCAGGUUUCCAUAUUAAUUCUGCAUGUUUCUCUUUCAAAGGGUCCAGUGGAUUAUGACUGUUUUUGCCCUGCACUCCUCAUCUUGUGAUUUGUGACUCUUCAUCAAUCACGGCGGAAUCCAUCAAGCCCACGCUCUGUAGAGUUGUCAUCUACCUACAGAAGGAGAUGUCAGGAGACACUUGUCUAACCACUCUUUGUCCAGCUGCAGGAUCCAAGCCCAAAACUUGCAGCUUCAAAGGGGGCAACCUUGGUAACAAGUACGUGCGGCUAAAUGUCGGGGGCUCCUUAUAUUAUACUACAGUUCAAGUACUGACCAGGCAUGACACGAUGCUGAAGGCUAUGUUCAGUGGGAGGAUGGAAGUGCUCACAGACAAGGAAGGCUGGAUCCUCAUAGACCGUUGUGGGAAGCACUUUGGAACAAUUUUAAACUAUCUCCGAGAUGACACAAUUGCACUGCCAAAACACAGACAGGAGGUCAAAGAGUUGAUGGCAGAAGCCAAAUAUUAUCUCAUUCAGGGCUUAGUAGACAUGUGCCAAGCAGCCCUGCAGGACAAGAAAGACUUGUAUGAACCUGUCUGUAAUAUCCCUAUCAUCACAUCUCCCAAAGAAGAAGAGAGACUCAUAGAAUCAUCAAUGAAACCUGUUGUUAAGCUGCUUUAUAAUAGAAGUAACAACAAAUACUCCUAUACCAGUAACUCAGAUGACAACUUACUGAAGAAUAUAGAACUGUUUGAUAAACUCUCUCUCCGAUUCAAUGGCAGAGUUCUCUUCAUUAAGGAUGUCAUAGGGGAUGAAAUCUGUUGCUGGUCUUUCUAUGGACAGGGUCGGAAACUUGCUGAAGUCUGCUGUACCUCAAUAGUAUAUGCCACAGAGAAGAAGCAAACUAAGGUUGAAUUCCCAGAAGCACGAAUAUAUGAGGAAACACUAAAUGUUUUACUUUAUGAAACACCACGGGUUCCUGAUAACUCUCUGCUGGAAGCAACAAGCAGGAGCCGAAGCCAGGCCUCUCACAGUGAGGAUGACGAUGGUUUUGAACUUCGUGACCGAGUGCGUCGAAUACAUGUGAAGAGAUACAGCACUUACGAUGACCGUCAGCUUGGCCACUAGCUUGUCAAUUGAGGAGAAAGGGUUUACUUUGAAGGCUUGUGCUGAUAUUCUUUGCGUGAGAUCAAGAAGUUGGGAGGGAUAAAUUGGACGCUGUGGAUUAACGUUCAUCUGGCUUCUUGGCUCCUUAGAAAAGCUAAAGGGCAUUUCUGCACACAAAGUAACACUAAAGGCCGAAGGCUUGAAAACUGACAUGAUAAUUUUGCACCAUAUGCUUUAAAUAGAGACUGACCUCUUUGUUUGCUACAUGAGGAGCUGAAUCUUGAACGUUGCUCCAACAGUUCAUAUUUGGUCUUUUGUAUCUAAUGAUUUGCCAGUUAUCUUGCUUCCUAUGAGAAAUACUGUUCUUUUCCCUGGAUAAAAUGGUGUGAUUUAUACUUUUUCCAGACACUUGCCCUUCUCGGGUUUUGUGUAAUGGAACUUCCAUUUUUUUAAAUCAAGUUAUUAAAAGAGAGGGUGCAGAGGAUCAGAACAUGGAUACUUUUAGCAAACGCUACGUCCUGAUAACCCAUGGAGGGAGAUGGUAAGCUAUGCAAUAAUCAAAUACAGUGUAUUAUAUUUGUGUUAUCCCACUUUUUCCGUGAUACCCAUUCAAAAGAUUUUCUUUUCUUUUUCUGCAAAAUAGAUGUCUUUAAAAUUCAUUAAAUCUUAACUACAAUCUUCUAAUUCAUCAAAAACACUGAAUGUCUGGCCUGGUGCUAAUUUUAAAAGGACCUUUCAGAAAGUUGGUAUCCAACCUGUUCCCCAGACUGGGUCUCUGGAAAUGGUUUUGCAUUUCAUAUGGAGAAGUUAAUGAUGUAUUUUAAAAAGUUUAAUUACAUCUUCCCAUCCUAGGCUGCAGAUUCAAAUACUACCACUGUCAUAAAUGGAUUAUUACUUGAAGGUUGCUCUUUGGCACCUAUGGGUAUGUAAUACCAGUGCAGCAUGAUGUACGACUGCUUUUAUGUCCCUCUAUUGUAAAUGAACAAGGAAGCUUCAGGUUCCAGGAUGUUUAGGCUCAAAAUCCUUCGAUUAGUGCCAAAUUUUAUGUAAAAGUCCUAUGUAAAAGCAAAUUGCUGCAAAAGCCUGACAAGAAAAUAAGCUUAGAUUAAUACUGUCAAGUCAUAACUAAAAUUAAAAUGGCAGAUGUUUUAGUAGUCAUGGAUGCUUGCAGAAGAGGGAACAUAAAAGUAAUUUCCACUGGGUUAAGCUGUUGAAAGUGAGAUUGCUGAGGCUGGUUAAGAAAGCACUAGUAGUUGUUAACUUUUUAUUGUCUAGCCAGGCCUCUACUCUUGGGAAGUUUUCACUCAUUUCUCCUGACAUCCAGGAAGUAGUAUUACCACCGUAAUGCACCUGCCUUUUGUGAAAGGCAUCUUUAAAAUACUAAAAACCAGCAGCCUCUUUGCUUGCUGCAAGUUGUCUGUUUUCCAGAUGGUUUUGCUAUUGUGCUAGUCAAAAUACAGCUGCUGAGAUUAUUGUUGAUGGGCAUUUGUGGGUUUUAUUUUUUUAUUCUGCUAAACUUUAGGGAAGUUUACUUAAGGGAUAUUUGAGUAAAGGAGUGUAUCCUUACUUUACUUAAGGGAUAUAUUUUGUUUUGACAAGAAUAUAUUCUAGAACACAUUUUUACAACCUGAUAUGAUGGAGAAUAAGUGAAACACUGAAAACAUCGAAAAGGAUAAUGCAGCUUUGAAUUACAGUCUUCAUUUACAUGUAGUAAGCUGUCCACUUUUAGGAGAGAGUGAACAGCCCUGCUUGUUAAAAUUCUUCUCUGCUGGCUUUAAAUAUUACAGAUAACAUUAAGAUUAUAUAGAUUUCUAAUUUUAUGCAUUUAUGUCUGAGACUUCUCAUUUAUGUAUGAGACUUCUCAUAAUUUUUUAGAUAGACCAUCACCAAUGGAUGCAUUUACUGAUGUGCCUGUGAAGUAGCCUUUAGUAAGAAGUGUCCUUGCCUUGUUUGUAAUGUAGGUAUUUAAACUACAUCAGCUAGCAUUCAUUAGCUGGUGGAGCAUCCUUGGAAACCUUACCCUCCACGCUUGAAUUCAGGUGAACUUUAUGCAUUCAUAUAUUGUAUUAGCAGGCUGAGAGAAGGAGUAGUAAACAUCAACUGACAUCUGUGCAUAAGUUCUGUAACAGAGGGUUGUGUGUUUCUGUAAUGGGGUCCUAACAUACUGCAGAACAGCCUCGGUCUUUCUACAGAGAAGCAGACUUGGUGCCUUGAGUGAAUGUCUUAGGUUAAAUUGCUCUUCAGUAUCAGUGUUAAUUAGGUGGUAAUGUCAAAGAGAUAGCACUGCAGAGUAGCAGCCUCAACCACUUGAUAAAUGCAGAGACAAAACUAAAUGUUAACCUUCACCUUGACAUUUAGAUUUUGGAACAGGAGACAUCUAUCCUAUUGUAACAUUCAGUUCUGCUGACUUUUAAUCUCUUGUGCUGCAUGAUUAAAAAUAAAAUAAUCCUAGAAUGCCAUUGAAGGAACUGAUAAAUGUUACAGAGAAACUGUAUUCUGUGUUUUUGUUUAGAUUUUUUUCUUGGCUUUUUUAGAUUUUCAAACAUUAUCGACUCCUAGAAAUACUGAUAAAGUUUAGCUUAAUUGAAUGAGUCUAGCACAAUUAAAUUAUAUCCUCUGACAAUCCUUGAUAUUGAAUCUAUAAAGCCAGACUUCACAUUAGGAGAACUGGUGUUUUAUUAAGAGAUGAGAGGACAUGAGUUCCAUUUCCAACUUAGCCAAUAACUUGGUGACAUUGAGCAAAUCAGUUGUUGUGUAGGUGCAGAACUUUCCUCAUUUGUAAUAAAAUAGGGAUAAUAUCCUCCCCUACCUCAGAGGAAUAUUGAGACAAAUUGUGGAUAAGGGGUUUUUAAAAUUUCUUUUUCUGUACUACUUUGUAUCCAGAAGGUGUAACAAAUAUGAUUGUUGUUCCUGUUUUAACUUGCAUUCUAUGAUCGAGCUGUUUUCUGACAGUUACCAGGCUUUUGUUUUAUUUUUAUGUCUAAUUUUUAAGGGCAGUAACUUUACUAAUCAUUGAAU